GGGCGGCGCGCAGUCUGCACGAUGAGGACAGGGACAGCUAGCUGGGCGCCGCGCUGCACCGCGCCGCUGCUACCACUGCUGCUGUGCCUGGCGGCGGGGGCUGCAGCGGAAGCCAAGUGUGGGAGAAACGAGUUCCAGUGCCAGGAUGGGCCAUGUAUCUCCUACACGUGGGUGUGCGACGGCAAAGCCGAGUGCCAGGACGGCUCAGACGAGUCCCAGGAAACAUGCUUGGCCGUCACCUGCAGGCCCGGCGACUUCAGCUGCGGGGGACGCUUGAACCGCUGCAUUCCUGGCUCCUGGAGAUGCGAUGGCCAGCAGGACUGCAACAACGGCGCCGACGAGCGGGGCUGUCCCGCUAAGACGUGUUCUGAGGACCAGUUCCUCUGCCUGGACAGCCGGUGUAUCGCGCAGCAUUUCGUCUGCGAUGGAGAACACGACUGCCUGGAUGGCUCAGACGAGGCCGCCUGCUCGACGCCCUUCUGCAAACCCGACGAAUUCCAGUGUAACUCCUCAGCCUGCAUCUUCCAGUUCUGGGCCUGUGACGGUGACCCCGACUGCCAAGAUGGCUCUGAUGAGUGGCCGCAGAACUGCGGUGGCCGGGACACCUUGGCCCCCCAGGGCAACACCGGGCCAUGUACCUCGCUGGAGUUCCACUGCCGCAGUGGGGAGUGUGUCCAUGGUGGCUGGCGCUGUGACGGUGCCCCUGACUGCAAGGACAAAUCAGACGAGGAGGGCUGCGUGGUGGCCACCUGUCGCCCUGAUGAGUUCCAGUGCACGGAUGGCACCUGUAUCCACGGCAGCCGGCAGUGUGACCGAGUACACGACUGUAAAGACACAAGUGAUGAGGUCGGCUGCGUCAAUGUGACACUUUGCGAGGGCCCGGACAAGUUCAGAUGCCACAGUGGGGAGUGCAUCGCGGUGCAGAAAGUGUGUGACAGGGCCCGAGACUGUCGCGACUGGUCGGACGAGCCCCUUAAGGACUGCGACACCAACGAGUGCUUGGACAACAACGGCGGCUGUUCCCACAUCUGCAACGACCUCAAGAUCGGGUACCAGUGCCUGUGUCCCAGUGGCUUCCACCUGGUGGACCAGCAGCAGUGCAGAGACAUCGAUGAAUGUCAGAACCCCGACACCUGCAGCCAGCUGUGCGUGAACCUGGAGGGGAGCUACAAGUGCGAGUGUGAGGACGGCUUCCACAUGGACCCCAGCACCAGCACCUGCAAGGCUGUCGGCUCCAUCGCCUACCUGCUCUUCACCAACCGCCACGAGGUGCGGAAGAUGACGCCGGACCGCAGCGAGUAUACCAGCCUCGUCUCGAACUUGAAGUACGCAGUGGCCCUGGAUGCCGAGGUGGCCAGCAACCGGCUCUACUGGUCUGACCUGUCCCAGAGGAAGAUCUACAGCACUCAGAUCCAUAGAGCCUCCAGCCCGGCUGCCCACGACACGGUCAUCAGUGGGGACCUCCAGGCCCCCGACGGGCUGGCUGUGGACUGGAUCCAUGGUAACAUCUACUGGACAGACUCGGUCCCCGGCACAGUGUCCGUGGCCGACACCAGGGGCGUGAAGAGGAGGACUCUGGUCCAGAAGAAAGGGUCCAAGCCCAGGGCCAUCGUGGUGGACCCCGUGCACGGUUUCAUGUACUGGACAGACUGGGGGAUGCCCGCCAAGAUCGAGAAAGGGGGACUGAACGGCGUAGACAUCUACUCACUUGUGACAGAAAACAUUGAGUGGCCCAAUGGCAUCACACUGGAUCUCUCUAGUGGCCGCCUGUACUGGGUUGACUCCAAACUCCACUCCAUCUCCAGUAUCGAUGUCAAUGGUGGGAACAGGAAGACCAUCUUGGAGGAUGAGGAGCAGCUGGCGCACCCUUUCUCGUUAGCCAUCUUUGAGGACAAAAUAUUCUGGACAGACAUCAUGAAUGAAGCCAUCUUCAGUGUCAACCGCCUCACAGGCAUGGACAUUCAUUUAGUGGCUGAAAACCUGUCUUCGCCUGAAGAUAUUGUCCUGUUCCACAAUGUCACACAGCCAAAAGGAGUGAACUGGUGUGAGAGGACAGCCCUCCCCAACGGUGGCUGCCAGUACCUGUGCCUGCCAGCCCCGCAGAUCAGCCCCCACUCCCCCAAGUUCACCUGUGUCUGCCCUGAUGGUCUGGUGCUGGCCAAGGACAUGAGGAGCUGUCGCACAGAGGCCGAGCCUGUCUUGACUACACUAGAGCCGCCCACUACCAGGCCGAAGCAGCGCACACAUGAGCAGCCCACCCCCAGCACAUCUGAGCAGCCUGUGUCCACCCCUGAGCUCAGCACAGCGGAGUCUGUGACAAGGUCCUACCAAGGUGUGGGCAACACCGCUGGCAGAGGGGAUAAGAAAUCGCGUGGUAUGGGGGCCCUGACCAUUGCCCUCCCUAUUGGGCUGGUCACUCUCCUCUGCCUCGGUGCCUUCCUGCUCUGGAAGAACUGGCGGCUCAAGAGCAUCAACAGCAUCAACUUUGACAACCCGGUGUACCAGAAGACCACGGAGGACGAGGUGCACAUCUGCCGUAGCCAGGAUGGCUACACCUACCCCUCGAGACAGAUGGUCAGCCUGGAGGACGACAUGGCGUGAGCCCGAGCCCACCCCUCCUCGGGACCAGGAAGGACACUGUCUCCGGCCCCUGAUCGCCCGACCGACUGACCGACCGUCACCUCCCUGCCUCACACCUGAUGCCUGGGAGCCGUCGCGUUCCACUCGGAGCACGAAGAGACCAAAGGCCCCGCAGCGGCGGCCGAGCCCAGCACCUGCCUGCCCGGCCUUUGUUUUAUAUAUUUAUUGGUCCGGGAGGCAGAACUGGACUCGGAACGGCGCCUGCGCAAUGGGAUCCGGUCGGGCUCUUUCUUCUUUCCCUACAAAGGAGAACAGAAAAGACAGAGAGGAGCGGGUUCCUCAUUGUGGACAUUGCC